AUGAAUUCAUCUUUGACUGAUCUAUAUUGUAAAGGUUGCAAAACAUUUAAAUCUAUUAAUAAAUUCAUAGAAAAUGAUAAAAAUAAUAUACCUACUAAAUUUCUAACUUGCAAUUGUUGUCAUCAAAAAUCUUCUAAUAAACAGAAAAGAUCUAUAACAACUAAUGAUACUUUAUUUAUUGAUGAGUUAGAAAUUGUUAAAUUGGAUUUUUUAAGUGAAAGUGUUGCAGAGAUUUUAGAAAAUGCACUAUCAAAUUCAGAUUUUUAUUUUCAUUGUGGAAUAAAUAUUAGAAAUUAUAAUGGUUUAAAUAAAGAUCUAGCAAGUGAAAUCAUUGAACAAAUUGAGAAUGUAGACGAAUAUAAUUGGAUUUAUAAUCAUCAAUAUAAUAUUGAACUAAUUGAAGAACAAGUUAAGAAACCUGUUGAAGAUAUUUUUAAUAAUUUGAUCAAUACGACUAGAAAAGCACUUACUAUUCUUGAAGAGCAGAAAUUAGCUGGAAAUAUUAAAUAG